AUGAAACGCUCUGGUUUUCUCCUGGCUGGCCUAGGGCUGCUCGCCACGCCCGUCGCUGCCCUGCUACGGUUCGGUUGCGCUCGCUCAAGCAUCCAGCGACUCGAUCCUCUAGUCAACCCGGGGCUGAAUCCCUCGCCUCAUCUCCAUCAAAUCGUCGGCGGUAACUCCUUUAACAUCACGAUGGACCCCACCAAGCACGACCUCGCCUCCCUUUCCACGUGCACCAGCUGCCAGUUUACAGAGGACUUUUCCAAUUACUGGACGGCUGUGCUUUUCUUCCGCGCCCGUAAUGGUACCCUUAAACGUGUCCCGCAGCUCGCCCAGUCUGGCAUGGAGGGCACGCAAGGCGGCAUGGUUGUUUACUACAUGUCUGACGCACUCUUUGACACUGCGCAAAAGUCCAGCGUGACAGCCUUCAAGCCGGGCUUCCGCAUGCUCGUUGGUGACGUUAGCUUCCGAGACCGCAAUCAGUCUCGUGCUUUCCGUCAGCUGAGCUAUACGUGUAUGGACAGCCAGGCCAGCCGAUCGCCCGAGACCGUUGGGUUCCCCGCCGGGCCCUGUAAGCUGGGUAUUAUGGCGAACCACCGGUUCCCGACGUGCUGGGACGGCGUCAACCUCGACAGUCCGAACCAUCAGGACCACGUUGCAUAUCCCGAGAGCGGCACUUUCGAGAGCGGGGGGCCCUGCCCCUCGACACACCCCGUGCACCUCCCCCAGCUAAUGCUCGAAACGGUCUGGGAUACCAGUGCGUUUAACAACAAGGCCGACUGGCCGACCGAUAACAGCCAGCCAUUCGUCUGGAGCAGCGGGGACCAGAAUGGGUAUUCGUCACACGCAGACUAUCUGUUCGGGUGGCAGGGUGACUCGCUCCAGAAGGCCAUGGACGGGCACACGUACGUCAGUGCUCCGAUGCUCAAGACGCAGAGCAUCGCCGAACAGAACAAGUGUGUCGUGAAAGACAUGGUCAACGAGAACUAUGACGGCUGGCUGCCUCAGCUUCCAGGGGAUAACCCGAUGUAG